AUGAAGAGUCUUGUCAAACGAGAUCAAUCAGCUCCUGACUUACAAGGCCUCAAGCUGUCGGGCAUCUUGGAUCCAGCUGACUUUUCAUUUUGGCAACGACUUGUCGGCCUGUCGGCAUGGACUUUAAGAGCAGUUCAAAACUUUCUGUCAACACUGAAACACAGAGAACUGAAACCAAAUCGCAACAAAACAAUGACAGUGAGGGAGCGAACAGAGGUCGAGUAUCACUUGAUUGAAGAAACACAGAGGGAAGCGUUCCCUGAGGAAUUUGCUAAUCUUGAAGCAGGUCAGGGGCUCUCAGCGAAAUCAAAACUCUUUCCGUUGUCUCCGACAUUUGACGGUAGAUUUAUCAGAGUUGGAGGAAGACUGCGCAAAGCUCAGAUUCCCAAUGAAGCCAAGUAUCAGAUAAUCAUGCCUGGCAAUCACCCAGUGACUCACCUGAUCAUGGAAGAUAUGCAUAUCAAGUCUGCACAUUGUGGACAAGAGCAUAUGAUAGCACUUGUUAGACAACAAUAUUGGCUAGUCAAUGCAAGGAAAAUAGCCAAACAAGUUCUACGCAGUUGCCGUGAUUGCCACCGAAGACGAGCAAAGCCCACCAUUGUCAAGAUGGCAGAUGUGCCUAUAUGUCGGAUUAGUGCUUUUGAAGGCGUGUUUGCUCAUACAGGAGUUGAUUAUUUCGGUCCACUGAUGGUGAAGGAACGUAGAAGCACAGUGAAGAGGUGGGGCUGUCUAUUUACAUGUCUCUCAACAAGAGCCGUCCACAUUGAGCUUGCAAAUUCACUUGAGACAGAUGAAUUUUUGUUGGUUCUUCGGAGUUUCAUAGGACGUCGUGGACAUCCUGGUCAUCUUUAUAGUGACAAUGGCACUAAUUUCCGCGGUGCAGACAAUGAACUGUAUCAAUGUUUGCAGAACCUCCAGCAAACCAAAAUUGCUGACUGCCUCACCCCGAUGAAGAUUGAAUGGCAUUUUAAUCCCCCUCUCAGUCCUCACUUUGGUGGAGCGUGGGAAAGGUUAGUGCGUUCUGUCAAAGCCGCCUUGAGGUCAGUCCUGAAAAAUCUCUGUGUUCGAGAAACUGUUCUUCGAGUUGCCUUGAUCGAAGUUGAAGCUGUCUUGAACAGCAGGCCACUGACCUACAACAGUACCAGCCCAAGCGACUUUACGGCACUUACUCCGAAACACUUUAUUCUUGGGAGAGCUGAUGUUUGUACUCCACCUGAUGUUUUUCAUGAUAACGAAAUCAAUAGUAGACGACGGUGGAGACAGGCUAAAGUCAUUGCGGAUCAUGUGUACAAGCGCUGGCAAAAGGAAUAUUUGCCGGAGCUAACUGUGAGAAGGUGUUGGAGAUCAGAAUCUCAGAAUGUUUCAGUUGGAGAUCUCGUUCUGGUGGUCGACGAAGCUAAACCCAGAGGACAUUGGGAUUUGGCAAGGAUCGUCGAGGUUUACGCUGGCGAUGAUGGACGUGUUCGAGCUUUGAAAGUCCAAACCAAAAAUGGUCAGUACAUCAGACCAGCGGCUAAGGUGUGUGUGCUGGAAGAAUCUGUGUGUAGUGACGCUUAG